AUGGCGCUGGACCUGGAGCCUGCGACCCGCUUCCCCCUGCUGGCCCUCCAGGCCAGUGCCACGCCUGAGCUGCCAGGGGGCCCCAACGUGGCCCCCAACAGCUCCUGGUCCGGCCCCCCAGAGCCCCGGGCCCCGCAGGACCUGGUGACCGCAGGAGCGAUCGGGGCUGUGCUGUCGGCGGUGGGCGUGGUGGGCGUGGCGGGCAAUGUGUACACGCUGGUGGUCAUGUGCCGCUUCUUGCGUGCCUCCGCCUCCUUGUACGUCUACGUGGUCAACCUGGCGCUGGCCGACCUGCUGUACCUGCUCAGCAUCCCCUUCAUCGUGGCCACCUACGUCACCAGGAACUGGCACUUUGGAGACGUGGGCUGCCGUGUCCUCUUCAGCCUGGACUUCCUGACCAUGCACGCCAGCAUCUUCACACUGACCGUCAUGAGCAGCGAGCGCUACGCCGCGGUGCGGAGGCCUCUGGACACGGUGCGGCGCGCCAAGGGUUACCGCAAGCUCCUGGCCCUGGGCACCUGGCUUCUGGCACUGCUGCUGACACUGCCCAUGACGCUGAGCAUCCGGCUGGUCCGCAGGGGCUCCAAGAGCCUCUGCCUGCCAGCCUGGGGCCCCCGCGCCCACCGCGCCUACCUGACGCUACUCUUUGGAACCAGCAUCGUGGGGCCCGGCCUGAUCAUAGGGCUGCUGUACGUGGGCCUGGCCCGGGCCUACUGGCGGUCACAGAGGGCCUCCUUCCCGCAGACGGGGCGGCUGCCGAGCCCCAGGGUGCUCUGGCUCAUUCUCGGCAUUGUCCUGCUCUUCUGGGCCUGCUUCCUGCCCUUCUGGCUGUGGCAGCUGCUCGCCCACUUCCACGAGGUGCUGCCGCUCAGCCCUCAGGCCGCACGCCUGGCCAACUACCUGACCACCUGCCUCACCUACGGUAACAGCUGCGUGAACCCCUUCCUCUACACCCUGCUCACCAGGAACUACCGCGAGCACCUAGCCCACAGCACAGAGCCCACCCGUCACAGCCCCGUCCCCAUGCAGGGCCCACCCGUCACGGCCCCGUCCCCACUCAGGGCCCACCCGUCACGGCCCCGUCCCCACGCAGACACCACGCAGAGCCCACCCGUCACGGCCCCGUCCCCACGCAGAUCAGCAGUCACCAUCGCUUGGCAGUGCUGGGCAGCCGUGACUGUGUGGCUCCAGGAUGCCCGUGUGGUUUGCACGCGCUUUCUAAGACGAGGCUCCAGCAAGCGGUCUGUGCGGUUCACUCCCAGGCAUCACCCCUUGGCCGGGCCCACCCCUCCGCAGGAGGGCAAACUAACCAUGGACAGAACCAGAAAGUACUUCACGGCAGCGCUCCGGAUCUGA